UCGAUGUGUUCGGACUAGCCCAGCUUGGCACAGGAAGGGGUUAAGGCUGGAGUUGUUGUGAGCUUUUAGGAGUCUAGAAAGGGGGGCUCCUCUGGUGACUGAGGCCCCAACCAAUCGCCAGGUUCCUUCCCUUCCCCCCCCCUUUCCUCUCCCUCCUCCCCCUCCCAGGAGCGGUGCAGCUGAGGAAGGCAAGAGAAGGAGCGCUUCACAGAGAAGAAUCCCUCCUCUUUUUCCCGGGAUCCUGGGCGUAGUGUGCAUGUCUCAAGCCGGACCUCGCAUUAAGCAAGGCGGAGGGCGCCGCCGCCCAGCUCCCAGAGGCUGAGUGCCCCCCCUCCCCACUCCAAGCUGCUGAGCGGAGCCCGGUUCUUUACUCGCCCGAGGCGGGCGGUACAUGUUAUCUCUCCAUUGGAUCUGAGCUCUUUCUUGCUAUGUCAUCCGCAACAGUGGCCGCCUCCCGGAGACAGUCGUGCUACCUGUGUGACCUGCCUCGCAUGCCAUGGGCCAUGAUCUGGGACUUCACGGAGCCCGUGUGUCGGGGCUGCGUGAACUACGAGGGGGCCGAUCGCAUCGAGUUUGUCAUCGAGACGGCCCGACAUCUGAAGCGGGCGCACGGCUUCCAGGACGGCCGCUCCCCGGGGCCGCCGACCUCCUCGUCCUCCUCCGCUUCAUUAUCGGUUAAGCCUCAGCUCACCGCCAAGGAGAUGGCGCAGAUCGGACACGCGGUGGGGGGGCCCGAGGGCGUCUCCAGGGCCUCGCAGCAGCCCCCUCCGCCGCAGUGCCUGGACCGCUACCCGCUGGUGUCGGAGAGGCCGCCGCCCCGCCUUGGCUCGGAUUACGGCGUGGGGCGGCAGGUGAACGGCAUUUUGCUCCCCAACGGUUUUCCCAAGCCAGACGAGCCGGCCGAGUUGAACCGCCAGAGCCCGAACCCGCGCAGGACUAAUGCCGUGCCCUCCUCUCUAGGGGCUCUCAUGAACGGAUCGCCUAUGGGCGGGCGGGCACCACCUCUGGGCAUCUCGGCGGCCUCCCUGGUCGCAUCCGCCGCAGCCACCACAUCUGCGGAUCUGGGCAACAAGCGGCCGGGCUCAGUCUCCAGCAGCGAGCACGAUUCCAAGGAGAAACACCGCGCAGACAGCUACUCGGAGCUGGGAGAUAACCACAAGGGGCGGCCCGAGGAGUGGAUCAACAAGCCGAAGACUGUCAGGGACACGCUGAUGGCCAUGCAGCACAAUCACUCGCCAUUCGACGCCAAAUUCAAGAAGGAUCCGGGCGCAGGGAGGGUGCUGGGCUUUGAUGCCAGUAACCCGGCUUCCAAAUCGGGUGCCCGUGCAGCACGGAAGAGGAAACCUUCUCCAGAGCCAGAAGGGGAAGGUGGUUCCAUUAAGAUUAAUGGUGAUGGACAGUCUUGGCUGCCAGCAGCUGAUGGUCUUAAAAUUUCUCCAAUGACUAGUACUUCUUUCAUAUCUCCACCUUCUACUGUCUCUCCUCAUUCCAACCGUACCACACCACCAGAAGCUGCACACAAUGGCCAGUCACCAAUGGCCGCUUUAAUAUUGGUGGCAGAUAAUGCUGGUGGUAAUCAUACUUCAAAGGAUGCUAACCAGGUUCAUUCUACAACAAGGCGAAACAGUAAUAGUCCUCCAUCCCCUUCCUCAAUGAACCAAAGAAGAAUGGCUGCAAGGGAUGUGCCAAGCCAACUUUCUAGUGGAGGAACCUCAUCCCAUGCAGGAAUGGAACAGGUGCACCCCCCAAGCAUUCCUGAUUCUUCCAUACCAAACAGUAUACCAUUGUGCUGCACUCUUUGUCAUGAGCGUCUUGAGGACACACACUUUGUACAGUGCCCUUCGGUACCUACUCACAAAUUUUGUUUCCCGUGUUCAAGGCAAAGUAUUAAACAGCAAGGAUCAUCUGGAGAAGUGUAUUGCCCAAGUGGGGAAAAAUGUCCCCUGGUGGGAUCAAAUGUACCGUGGGCCUUCAUGCAGGGAGAAAUUGCCACAAUUCUUGCAGGGGAUGUAAAAGUGAAGAAGGAGAGAGACUCUUGAUUUAUUUUAUUUUCUGCUUCGUAGCCACCAUAAUCUCUUACUAAACUUCUUACAGUGGGGAUGCGUGCGUGAGAGAUGCAUUGAAAAUACACGCAUGUGUGUGUGUGUAUGUAUGUGUAUAUAUAUAUAUACACACACAGGAGAAAUGUAGACUGCAUAAACAUCGCUGUAUAAUUUUUAAUUUUUGAAUACAUUGUGUUUCUAUUUUUGAAAACUAAGGUAUGUACUGAUCAGAAAGGUAUUCUUUGUUAUUGUUCUUUGCAAGUAUUUGUUCCUAUCCAGUGACAGUUACUGUUCAGUGUAGGCUGUGACUUGAGAUGCUUUUUAGAGCACUUGGAAAACAGAAAUGCUUUUAGCUGUAUUUGUAUGCACUUGUUAAAAAUGCCAAAUACAUUUUAUGACAUUGUUAAUUGUCUCUGGUUACUCAUUUUCUUUGAGAUUAAGCUUUUUUAAUUGUAAAAUUUAUUGAUGUAAUUUGAACCACUGGGUGAUGUUUAUUAAAAAAAAUCUUGUUCACCAAAGCAAUAUUUUGAGUAUGUUUAUUCUUUAG